UAUAGUGGUAGGGGUGUCGAGAGCGGCCGCAAGUAAGUCUACGACGGUGAGCGGAUCUCCAAGGCGAUAAAAUAAAGUGACACGUAAAGUAUUUAUCAGUAAUUUCUGUUCUUUUUUGACUCACUGAAAUAAUAAGACCGGCAGAAGGAAGCGGAGGAGAAAGAACCGAGGAAGAGGAGAAACGAAUUGAAGGCGCAGGUGGGACCGAGAGGAGAUCUAUCGAGAAGGGGAGGGAUGGGGGUGAAGCAGUGCGAGCUGUGCGAUCGGCCGGCGAGGAUGCUGUGUGAGUCGGACCAGGCGAGCCUGUGCUGGGAGUGCGAUGCCAGGGUCCACGGCGCCAAUUUCCUGGUGGCACGCCACACCAGAUGCCUCCUCUGCCGGAGCUGCCAGUCGCCCACGCCAUGGCGGGCGGAAGGUGCCAGACUGGGCCCCACCGUCACCGUCUGCGAGCGGUGUGCCGCUGCCGAUGGCGCGGAGGACGGCGACGGAGGCCAGGGGAAAGGAUGCGGCGUUGACGACGAGGGGGGAGAGGGGAAAGAGGAAGAACGGGAGGUGGAUGAGGACGAUGACGAAGAGGACGAUGGAGAGGAGGAUACGGACGCGGACGCGGACGAGGACGAGGGGGACGACGACGACGACGAGGGGGAGAACCAGGUGGUGCCGUGGUCGAUGACGCCGCCCCCUGUGGCCAGCUCGUCGAGCGGCGAGGAGUCGGGUCGGAUGGGGAAUGGCGGUGGCUUCUUGAAGCGGAUGCGGGAGAAUGUCGAUCUCGGCGUCUCACAGGAGGCGACCUAUCGCGCAUUGACCCCCGCGGCGGCAAACGACGAGGCCACCUCCUUCGGUUCCGCCUCCCGGUCCUCCAAUGACCGCAAGAGACCUGCCCUUCUCCGCCCCAGCACCGCCGAGCCAUCGGUCUCAUGAGUCCGCCUCCUGUCUUCCUCCGAUCCAAGACUAAUUAUUCCCAAAAUCCCAUCAUUUUGGAGACGCAAAUCGACACGAGGAUCGAGAAGAUUAGACUGCAGUGUGCAGCUAGCUAACUACAGAGUGUUAUGAUGAGCUAACUCAAAAGACUAGUCAUGGUAGACACCUUAUAGAUCGAUCCUCUCUAGGUUUGAACUCGGCAGAUCUCAGGGGGUUGCAGAACUUAAUCACUGAAGUGCUAUUUUUCUUCUGGUUCACUGGAUUUCAGCAGUUAUAUCACAGAUCAUACAUGUUGUUGGAUUCAUUUCUAUCAAAACAGUAUGAUGCAUCAGGAGUUCUUCCUUGAUUUCUACCAUAACAAGUAUAACAAGUUUCAGUAAGAUUUAUCAGCUAUGAACAUCACCACAGUGAGCAGCUGCGUGCUAUCAGGGAAUACACAUGCAGACGAGUACUGCGAAGGAUGCUGCAGGUGCUGCUUCAUCAGUGAAGAAACAGCUCUAAUAUGCUGGUCCUUGUUAGAAUAACAAGCUACAGAAGUUGGCUUGGCCAGUGGUUACUGUCCCUCUUCAUCUUGGAGAGGUUCCAUGACUGAAACUUUGAGUUGUUUCAGGUAUCUGACAUGAGUAAUUCAACCUAGGUAGAGGAUCACUGCUACUUCUACUUCCAAAAAAGAGUCAGAUAACCCAAAUUUUGUGCCAACAAUAAGAUAGCAACCACAGCUCUGACAGUCUCACAAAUUCAAAGGAGAUAAACAAUGCGUAGCCCAUGAUUCUCUCGACAUUGGCCAGUGAGAAGAACUCUUGAAAUCAGAGCUUAAUUUCUCCUUCCUGCAAUAUCCUUUAAGUAGAGUCAUGAAUUUUCCAUGUGUUUGUGUGUGAAGGGAGAGUGAUGAUAUUAUAUAAUCCAAGACAAGGGACAUGAGCCUGCCUACACGCUGAGAAGAAAGAAAUGCCUGUUACAAAUAGAGAUUUCUUGCAGAUCUAGAAAACAAUGUUCUUUUCUCUAUUUGAAGAAUGAUUUUGUCCUUGAAGAUAUCAGAUAUGAACUCUGAGAUCAACAAGCAAGUUUAGUUUGGUCAUCAGUGACAAGUUGGAGCACUCUCUACAUCCUUGAACAGUCCAGCACUAGACCAAUUCCCCAUAAGCUUAUUGGUCAAACACUUUAUGGGGGAUAUCUUCACAAUAGUUGCUGAAUGUCAAUUUCCAGACACAGGAAGCUCUCUUUUCCUUGUAUCUAAUCUUUGAAGAAAAGGCCCAUCUUAUCUUCUCUACCAGCCUAAACUACUGAUGAUUGCAACUGCUCUAUCAGAUGCUUGUGUGAUAAAUCCAAACCGGCCAAUUUGUCUUGAAGCAGCCAUCGCUCUCUAAGAAAACCCUGUUUUCUUUGAUUUCACUAUCCGGCUUACAAAUGAGAAUGAUAUUGCUGACAGAAACUUGGACUUCUUUUCCAUGAAUGAAUGAGUUGCUUCAUUCCUUCUGCUGGAGAAUGAUCUGUGUAUGGUUGGAAGACUCUCUCUUUUACCCAUAAGGAAAAUUCACAUCUCACUUAGUUAAAAACCAUGUCUCUUAUUAUCUUUCUUACUCUUAAUCUGUCAUGUUUUAUUCUGAUGUGAAGAUUAAUGAAUUCAGAAGGGGAAGAAAAAAAGAACUGUCGCCUUGGAUCA